AUGACUGAUUUGAGGUUCGAUGUGUUUCAUGGUGAACAGACCACACAGCAGGAGGUGUUUCUGACCUCUGUCAAGCCCAUCCUCCCUCACAUCCUUAAUGGUCAGAACGCCAGUGUCUUUGCCUAUGGACCCACUGGAGCAGGAAAGACCCACACCAUGCUUGGCAGUCAAGAGCAGCCGGGUGUAAUUACCAGAGCUGUCAAGGAGGUCUUCAAACUGGUUAAAGCUCAGGAAAAGGAUCUGGAUGGUUGGGAAUACUCGGUUGGGAUGUCUUACCUCGAGAUCUACAAUGAAAAGGUGCUGGACCUGUUAUCCCCGGGUUCCCAGGACCUGCCCAUCCGUGAAGACAAGGACAGAAACAUCCUCAUUCCCGGGCUAACACACACACCACUCUCAUCCUUUACUGAUUUUGACACUCAUUUUAUCCCCGCGAGUCUAAACCGCACCACGGCCUCUACUAAACUCAACCAGCGCUCCAGCCGCAGUCACGCUAUCCUCCUCAUAAAGACCAUGAUUUGUUCACCAGAUUCAUCAGUUCUGGAAAGACUCCUGGCCCUAGAGAAGAUGAUGAUGGGCUCUGCUGAGAGGGAGAGACUCGACCUGCUCAAAACUGUAGCACAGUCCCGUAAAGAAAUACAGAUGUUGAAGGAGAAACAGAAGGAGCUGGAGGACAAAGCAAACGUGUUAAACAAGCAGAAUGAAACCAUUGAGAAAGAGUCCAAAGAUGCACUUCUCUUUAAGACAGAUCUGCCCCUACUGCACAGAAAACCGUCUACAGCCUCCAAACCACGCAAACAGCAAGCGGUUGUCACGCCGUUACAGGUCUCUCAGGUGCAGCCCUUGCAGCAGUGUGCUGUGGUGUGUAAGCCCUCUCAGUUCUUGGAUAAGAAGAAGAAACGUAUCCAAACUGAGGUGGGUCAGGGGAAGGAGAACGGAGGUGUGGAUCGUCCCCCUGCUGAUGAGGUCAACUGGGAGUCCCAUCUGGACUCAGCAUUACUAGAGCAGUCCAGGAAGAAGAUCCUGCAGACGCUGAACGCCGGCUCUCUGAAGGAUCUCAAGAGCCUGCAGCUGAUCGGAGACAAGAAAGCCAAACUGAUCAUGGGCUGGAGAGAGAUUCAUGGGGACUUCACACAGGUGGAAGACCUGAAGCAAAUCGAAGGCAUUACAGCUAAACGUUUCUCUUCUUUCAUAAAGGCCAAUAUUCUCAGCAGUAUGGGAAAGUGAAGUGUCUGAAGAGGAGCGUUUGAACACUUGUGUUUUUAAGAUGUUUUUAUGCGUGUAACAUUCUGUACAGGGUUUUUUUGUGUGUACAAGCCUCUGUGUAUACUUGACUGCUUUUUUCCGUGUCAUUUCUGCAUACUAUUUUUCCUUUUUAGUAUUUCCUUUUUUUUUUUAUUGUUUUUUUUUAUGAACUGAUCAUUUAUCAUGUGGCACCAAAUAAAUGCCACCAUCAAAA